UGGCCAAUGGCUGCUCUCUGAAACGCAGACAUCCACUUAUGCGUAGUGUAUUCAGGACGAGCUCUCGCAAGAGGCUUGAUCUCAUGUUUUCUGUCUACACCGUAAUAGUUAGAAACCAGGAGUAUGUCUAAGGAGCGAUGCCCGUCAGUGCCCCAGGGUGACAGGUACCCACUUGUUGACAGGCUCCCCGGGAACCCGAGCAACUGAGGAAGCUCUUCAUCGGAGGCCUCAGCUUCGAAACCACGGACGAGAGUCUCCGCGCUCAUUUUGAACAAUGGGGAGUCCUUACAGACUGUGUGGUCAUGAGGGAUCCCAACACAAAAAGGUCAAGAGGGUUUGGGUUUGUUACGUAUUCUUCGGUGAAGGAGGUUGACGCCGCGAUGGCAGCACGACCCCACAAGGUCGACGGAAGGGUGGUGGAGCCCAAGAGGGCUGUGUCCAGAGAGGACUCCUGCAGGCCAGGGGCUCACAUGACUGUGAAAAAGAUCUUUGUUGGGGGGAUUAAGGAAGAUACUGAGGAACACCACCUGCGAGAUUACUUUGAUCAGUUUGGUAAAAUAGAAGUCAUUGAGAUUAUGACUGACAGAGCUACUGGCAAAAAGAGGGGUUUUGCCUUUGUAACAUUUGAUGAUCAUGAUUCAGUGGACAGGAUUGUCAUUCAGAAGUAUCACACAGUGAAUGGACAUAACUGUGAAGUGAGAAAGGCUCUUUCUAAACAAGAGAUGACAAGUGCAGGGAUGAACAUGAGGGGGCGAGAUAGUGGAGGUGCUGGACACUUUGGAAGAGGAAGUGGCUAUGGAGGUGGCUAUGGAGGAGGAAGAGGUGGUGGUGGUGGCUAUGGUGGAGAUGGAUACAAUGAUUUUGGGGGAGAUGGGGGCUAUGGCGGAGGCCCUGGAUAUGGAGGGAAUCGUGGGUAUGGUGGUGGCCAGGGCUAUGGCAACCAAGGAGGAUAUGGAGGACAUGGAGGUUAUGAUAACUACAAUGGAGGAGGAGGUGGAAACUUUGGGGGUGGAAACUUUGGUGGAGGUGGUUACAAUGAUUUUGGCAAUUACAACAACCAGUCCUCUUCCAGCUAUGGCCCAAUGAAAGGUGGGAACUUUGGAGGAAGGAACAGUGGUGGCCCAUAUGGUGGUGGGUAUGGUGGUGGUUCCAGUGGUGGCUAUGGUGGUGGCUCUGGAGGCCGGCGAUUCUAGGUACUUAGUUGGUAAGCACAACUUUUUUCCUCUUGGUUAUCUUUAUUAGCACUGAUUCAGACUUUAAUAGAUUUGCUACCUUAUUUUUGAGAUCAGUUGAAAGGAAUGACAGACCUUCAUGCAAAUUCAAUGCUGCAAUAACUGUUUUACUUAAAAGUACUGAAUUGAGGGACCCAGCAGCAAACCUUCAUUUUUUGCUACUUUUCAAUUUGUGCAAUGUAGUCAAGAAUUGGAAUAGGCUUUGUUUUAGAUUCAAUUUGUGGAUUCCGUUAUGUUCCUAGGAAAAAGAAUGGUUUGAAAACUGAAGGCUUGCUUCUGACUUUGAUCCCCAUAAUGUAGCCUUCUGAAUGAGGACAGUGCACAGUUUAACAAUGUUGUUCCAUAUUGUUCAACAGGAAUCAGUACUUAGGAGAGGAGAGCCAGAGAAGUGACAGGGAAGCUGCAGGUUUACACCAUAGAUCUGCUCAGCCAAGCACAGUUGUGGCAGGUUACAGCUGCUACGUGAAGAGAUGUGCUCAUUAAAUAGAGAAGAAAAAUCAUGGGGAGGGAUGGGCUUCAACCAAGUGUUUUGUGAAAUUGCUAUGGAGCAGGAUUUUUGUAGUUGCUGUUUGUUUCUGUAAAGUGUGAACAUUCCAGGAGUUGUAUGUAGUGUGUGGGUUUUUAAGCCCUGGUAUUUUUAAUGUAACAGCAACAAAUCAAGUUAAAAUAAACCAUCUUUCAGUUUUUUUACAUUGUGCAUAUCAGUUUUUCUUUUUUGAAGUAGGUUGAAAAUAGGCCUCAUUAGGUUGUCAGCUUUUGCUUACUAUUUUAAUGAACUGCAAACUUGUGUAAUAAAAAAAAAAAGAGUGCUGUUAUGUAAAACAUUAUAGCUCUUGAUGAUUAGGUUCUUCUUGGAAUACUUUUUUCUCCAAUAUGAACUUCUGACAAUCUUAGUAACUAGGUAUUUGAAAAUAACAAAACUAAUUUGAGAAAUGUCCAGUUGCAGAUGUUGGUUUCCCUGUGUUCAAUCUUAACCCCUCUAUGAAUGCAGCAUAAUCGACAUGGUUGGGUUUUAGCAAAAUGAAGCACUUUGGACAUAACCAGUAGUUUGCAGGAGUUCCAACUGUGUGGAUUGUUCAGCAUCGUAGAAUGAUAAAUAACUACCAUCUCCAUUGGAAAGAAACCUUGUUCCUCCAAUGAACAGAGACUUUUCACUGUUCUAAGCAGAACAGUUGCUUCUAGGCCCAUAGCUACUGUCAGUCACCUUGGCCAUUGGAGGCUAGCUUACAUGCAGAGCUUGAGGCUAGCCACGGGAGCCAGCUAAGGGAAAGAAGUAGCAAGAUCUUCGCAAGGAGCCAGUGAAGCAGGGGACAGUCUUUGAGUACAGAAGGUUGCUCUUGUAAGACUAGCAAGCAGCAGCUACAAAAGGGUAUUUUUAUACCAAGCUAGUAGGUAAGAACAGACUUUUCAACUUCUGUACUUGUACUGUUUUUACUAAUAGAGAAAUGUUAAGCAGUUCAGGGUUUGUUUCAGACAGAAUAUUUGUUGACAUAUGCAAAUUUUAUGCAUGUUUUGUUUAAACUGCAGUUAUACUGGGUAAGUAUUGAAUAUGACUAAGCACAACUGAAUGGCCAUUGAGUCUGUCUGCCUGGUUGAUACAAAUCCUGACUGCUAGAAUUCAAAUUAUAUGUACGUUUACUCAAUUGCAGCUGUAAUGUUCUGGAAUGUGGAAAAUAUGUAAUGCAUGCAAAGGUCUUUGAAAGCAUCUAAUGUCAUGUUUGGGUUAUAUGUUCAGUCUCCAUGUUAUUAAUCCACAUCAAGUUCUUAAGAUGAAUUGACAUGAGUAUGUUGUUUGACUGUGUUGUCUUUAUUUCUAAGAUUUGGUUAUUCAUUUACAGAAUUCUGACUUGGGACAUCAGCACCUCAACUGAACAUCUGCGCUUCAGGCACAGUGUAGCACGGUUGGCUGAGGAAAAAAUGCACUAAAGAAUCCAUUAAGACAUGGAGGACCUCAUGAUGUGAAGGCUGCUGGGCAGUUUUUAUUUUCUAAUAAAAUUUUUAUA